AAAGAGUUCAUUCGUAUACUGGGUAUCCUACUCAUCCCUCUUGUCAACCGGAGAUUAUCGUCUGCUUCUUGCAUAUUCACAAAAUGACUUCCGAGAUGCAGAAUUCGAAUCCCACAAUCCUGAAUGUUGCUGAUCUUCCAACACGCUUGCGACCUGCAUCGUCUCACAAGCCCGGUGCCUUUAGAAACGGUCUCUUUUCAUCAACUCUCCCUUCUGUGGACACUAUUGAACUUUCCCCAGAGGGUUUUUACUCAUCUACAGAGUCAGACAGUGAUGAUGAUAAAUUGAUGGAAGAGCCAAUUGAUGAACAAGAAAUAUAUGAUCUUGUGUCGUCCAUAUCUGAUCCGGAGCACCCAAUAUCGUUGGGAGCGCUAGCGGUUGUCUCACUUCCUGACAUCUCUAUUGCACCAACUCUCCCAUAUGUACCAGCUUCGCCCCUUCGAACGGUGACUGUUCUAAUUACCCCCACUAUCACGCACUGUAGCCUAGCCACUGUCAUAGGUCUCGGUGUACGCGUUCGGCUGGAGCAAUCUCUCCCAUCUCGGUUUCGCGUGGAUGUCCGGAUUAAAGAAGGGACGCAUAGCACUGCUGACGAAGUGAACAAGCAGUUGGCGGACAAAGAACGGGUGGCUGCUGCACUAGAAAAUGGCACACUAAUGGGUGUCAUUGCGAAGAUGCUAGAGACGUGCCAGUGAACCCGACCUUCCUGACAUGCCAACAACUAGCGUCCUCAUCGCGCUGGCAGCGAUAUAUUAUUUGACGUUGUCAUCACAAGGAUAACCGGGCCCGGCUAUUUUCUUUUAUUCUAUACGAACAAUAUAACUAUAUGGAAAUUAUGAUGUUCCAUCGAAGCCCAGAAAUUAACAAAUCAUGAAUCCAAAACACCACUCUCCUUCAGGCCUCUCCAGAGCUCCGGUUCGAGAAACUUGCUUACGGUGACAUCCUCCCCCAAG